GUACCCCCAAGGCAUUCUAAAUCAUUGGUAUUAUGGCAUCACCCUUGUUCUUCCUCCUGCUACUUCAGUCUUUUCUUGUUUCUAGUUCUGCUUCUUCCACCACUUCUUUACUUAAUCAAACAGAAACUCUUCUCAAAUGGAAAGCUAGUCUUGACAACCAAAGCCAAAGCUUCCUCUCUUCCUGGGUUGGGGAAACUCCCUGCAGUUGGGUUGGAAUUGCUUGUGACAAAGUUGGAAGCAUCACCAACAUAAGCCUUUCAAAUUUUGGUCUCAAAGGUACACUCGACAACCUUAACUUCUUGGCCUUCCCCAACCUAAUUCGCUUUGAUGUUGGUAAUAAUUCACUUUAUGGGGCCAUUCCUUCUGACAUCGUUAACUUGUCCAAACUCACUUUUUUCAAUUUGUCUACUAAUGAUCAUUUUUCUGGAAAUAUUCCCAAGGACAUAGGAAGGUUGAGUUUGCUUACCGUACUUGACCUUGCUUGGAACCAACUUAGUGGUUCACUUCCUGUUUCAAUAGGAAAUUUAAGCAAUGUAUCUUACCUUGCAGUCACUGGCAAUAACCUCAACGGUUCCUUGCCUCAAGAAGUUGGAAUGAUGAGAUCACUUCUUGUGGGUCAUUUAGCAUUGAAUUCCUUUACUGGUCCAAUCCCUGCAUCAAUAGGAAAUUUAAGCAAUUGUCAAUAUCUUUACCUUUUUGAAAAUGAGCUAUCUGGUUCAAUUCCUAGUGAAAUAGGAAGCUUAAGUUCACUUAUUGAUCUUCGCCUUGAAGACAAUCAGUUAUCUGGUUCUAUUCCUAGUGAAAUAGGAAGGUUAAGUUCACUUAAUAUUCUUGACCUUCGUGACAAUCAGUUAUCUGGUUCUAUUCCUAGUGAAAUAGGAAGGUUAAGUUCACUUAAUUUUCUUGACCUUCAUGACAAUCAGUUAUCUGGUUCUAUACCUCCUGAACUUGGGAUGAUAAGAAAUCUUAAUACGCUUGAUUUUUCCAGUAACUCCUUAACUGGUAUGAUCCCGAAAGCAAUGGGAAAUUUGAGCCAUUUAGGAUUUCUUUACCUUUAUACAAAUGAGCUCUCUGGUUCUAUUCCUCGUGAAAUAGGAAUGAUUCAAUCACUUUUCCACUUGGAGUUGUUAGAAAAUAAUCUCAUAGGUGUUAUACCGACUUCCAUAGGAAACUUGACAAAUCUUACUAUUUUAAAUCUGGGAGAUAACAAGCUUUCUGGUCCAAUCCCAGCUUCCAUAGGAAACUUGACAAGACUUACUCUUUUACAGCUUAGAAAUAACUCUUUGUCUGGUCCUAUUCCGGUUGAAAUGAAUAACCUCACUGUUUUGGAAUCUUUACAAUUAAAUGAUAAUCAACUCACUGGCCGUGUACCUGACAACGUAUGCCUUGGUGGCUCACUCAAAUAUUUGGCUGUCAGAAGAAACAAUUUAACUGGUCCCAUCACAAGAAGUUUGAGAAACUGCACUAGCUUAUACAGGGCAAGGCUUGAAGAGAAUCAACUUGAAGAAAAUAUAUCAGAAGCUUUUGGCAUUUAUCCCAGCUUGGAUUUUAUUGAUUUGAGUGAUAACAAGUUGUACGGUGAACUUUCUCCAAAUUGGGGUCUAUGUCAAAAGCUCACAAGCUUGAUGAUCUCCAACAAUAAGGUAUCUGGUAGGAUACCUCCUGAGCUAGCUCAAGCCACUAACUUGACUCGGCUUGACCUCUCUUCAAAUCAGCUGAGUGGGGAAAUUCCUAAGGAAAUAGGCAAGCUAACAACCCUGGUUUAUCUCUUGCUAAAUGACAACCAACUCGUUGGUAGAAUCCCACCGGAGAUAGGAAACCUAGUUAAUCUGCAACAACUUAGCUUGGCAAAGAACAAUCUGACUGGAGCAAUUCCAGAACAACUUGGGAAUUGCUUUAGGUUAUUACAAUUGAACCUGAGCGACAAUCUAAUUGGGGAAAGUAUUCCACCUGAAAUAAGCAAAAUAUUUGCCCUUCUAACUCUUGAUUUGAGUUGGAAUUUGUUAUCAGGAGAGAUUCCACAAGAGCUUGGAAGAUCACGUGUGUUGGAAACACUGAAUCUUUCUCAUAAUAUGCUCUUCGGUUCCAUUCCCCAUACUUUUGAUGACUUGAAGAGCUUAACAUAUGUUAACAUCUCUUAUAAUCAGUUAGAGGGCCCUAUUCCGCCUAUUAAAGCUUUCCUUGAUGCCCCAUUUGAUGCUCUUAGAGACAAUAAAGGCCUCUGCGGUAAUAUCACUGUUCUCCCGCAUUGUGAAUCCAAAAGCCAGAAGAAAAGCAGCAGCGGACAUGUAAUUUUAAUCAUUACUCCAGUUUUGGGCGUUCUAUCUCUGUUAUUUAUCUUGGUGGGGUGUUUACUUCUUGUUCGUCAUAAAAAAUCUGAGAUAAAAGAGCGCCAAUUUCAAGAUAUAUUUGCCAUAUGGGGAUAUGAUGGGGAAAUCCUCUAUGAAAACAUUAUUGAAGCAACGGAGCAAUUCAACUCCAACUAUUGCAUUGGCUCAGGAGGAUAUGGAAAUGUGUACAAAGCUCUACUGCCAACUGGUCGAGUUGUUGCGGUUAAGAAACUUAACCUAUCAGAUGACAAUCAAUCCGUCAAUUUGCGAGCAUUUGAAAGCGAGAUUCGUGCUUUAGCGGACAUACGACAUCGGGGAGCUUGAGGACAGUUUUGAGCAACCCAGAAGAAGCGGCAGAGUUGGA